AUUUAUAACGGAGUACCGUUUGAUUUGGUGGUUAUAAACCCUACCGCCACAGGCCGACAAGGGUUUACCAUCUAAUUGCCUAUAGGCAGCGGCGGCGACGACAAGACGCCGGUAAUAAUGGGCGGCCGAGCUCAAGUGAACAAGGCGCACAAGACUCGCUUCUCUUCCAAGUCAUCUCGCAACGUUCACAAAGUCCCUUCCCAAGACAAAGGCAAAUGGGCCAGGCCGGAACGCAAUGUCCUCAAGGGAGCUCGGGCGACUCGGCUGCAGCGCAAUAAGAUGAUAAGGGAGCAAAAGAAGGCAGCUCUUUUGAAGGAGAAAAGAGCCUCGUCUGGAUCAGAUGCUCCUCCUCGUGUCAUUGUUCUAUUUGGUCUUUCUGCAUCUCUGGACCUUUGCUCCCUUGAACAAGAUAUUCUGACAUUAUUAUCUGCUGAAGGCACUUCUUCCGGGUUUCCAGCAGUUGCUUCUUCAGAAUUUAAGCUAAGAGCAACUGUAUGUUAUGCUCCCAUGUGUUAUUAUUUUUUAAUUAUUUAUUUACCUUCUUGGUAUUUUACCUUUGAAAUGAUAAAUGUGCAGAUGGAUCUUUUAAUGUUCAAGGAAAUGAAUCCGUUCCUCUGUAGAUAUUCACUUGUUUGACUCAUUGUGCUAGCC